GGUGCCAACUAAGCUGAACACUGGUCAGUAGUACAUGACUAGUGUGGUAUGCGUGCCCAAGUGCACUCAAACGCUCUCUCUCUCUUUUUGGAAUAAAUUGAGGAGGCUCUCCAUUCUCAAAUCUCAAACACACUCACCACUGUGUGUCGGAGAGGGAAGCUCUCACGAUGAAAAACCAACUAUUCUUCCUAUGCAUUCUAUUCUCAGUAGGAAAAGUGGUUGUGGGUCUGAACCAAGAAGGGCUAUACCUGUACCAGUUGAAGCUCUCACUUGACGACCCAGACUCAACGCUCUCGUCCUGGAACUCAAGGGAUAGCAGUCCUUGCAACUGGUAUGGGGUAACUUGCGACCCAACAAACAGCACAGUUACCGAACUGGACCUCUCCGACACCAACAUCGGAGGCCCAUUCCCCGCUUCAAUCCUCUGUCGUCUCCCCAACCUCGUCUCCAUAAACCUCUUCAACAACUCCAUCAACGAAACCCUGCCUCUCCAAAUCUCCCUCUGCCGUAACCUCGUACACCUCGACCUCUCCCAGAAUCUUCUCACUGGUCCUCUCCCUCACACUUUGCCCCUUCUCCCCAACCUCCGCUACCUCGACCUCACCGGCAACAAUUUCUCCGGCCCCAUCCCCGACUCAUUUGGAAGCUUCCAGAACCUCGAGGUAAUUUCCCUUGUCUCCAACCUUCUAGAAGGUACCAUUCCCUCAUCUCUCGGCAACCUCACCUCCUUGAAAAUGCUCAACCUCUCUUACAACCCCUUUUUCCCGGGUCGGAUCCCUCCGGAGCUAGGGAACCUCACGAACCUCGAGGUCCUGUGGCUUACCCAAUGCAACCUUGUUGGCGUCAUUCCAAACUCGCUCGGGAACCUCAAGAAGCUCCAGGACUUGGACCUCGCGCUCAACGAUCUCUACGGUUCCAUACCGAGCUCGAUCACUGAGUUAACCAGCUUGAGGCAGAUUGAGUUGUACAAUAACUCGUUGUCUGGCGAGUUGCCUCGGGGGAUGGGGAACCUCACUAAGUUGAGGCUUCUCGACGCUUCCAUGAAUCACUUGACUGGGAAGAUUCCAGAGGACUUAUGUGCUUUGCCGCUUGAGAGUCUUAAUCUGUAUGAGAAUCGUUUCGAGGGCGAGUUGCCGGCGACCAUUGCCAACUCGCCGAAUCUCUACGAGUUGCGGUUGUUUGGAAACCGGCUAACCGGGAAGUUGCCGGAAAAUCUUGGAAAGCGUUCGCCUCUCCUGUGGCUUGACGUUUCGAAUAACCAGUUCUGGGGGCCCAUUCCGGCGACGCUGUGCGAUCUCGGGGUGUUGGAGGAGCUUCUGGUAAUAUACAACCUUUUCUCCGGCGAGAUUCCGGCGAGCCUGGGCACGUGCCAGAGUUUGACACGUGUGAGGCUGGGGUUCAACCGGUUGUCCGGCGAGGUUCCGGCGGGGAUAUGGGGGCUACCCCACGUGUAUCUACUAGAACUGGUUGAUAACUCGUUCUCGGGUUCCAUCGCGAAGACCAUUGCUGGGGCAGGGAACCUUUCUUUGUUGAUUUUGUCAAAGAACAACUUCACGGGAACAGUUCCCGAUGAGGUUGGGUGGUUGGAAAAUCUUGUGGAAUUUUCUGCCAGUGAUAACAUGUUCAGUGGUUCGUUGCCUGAUAGCAUUGUGAAUCUUGGGCAACUUGGUAUUCUUGAUUUUCAUAACAAUAGGCUCUCUGGAGAGCUUCCUAAGGGGAUUCGUUCUUGGAAGAAGCUUAAUGAUUUGAAUUUGGCCAACAAUGAGAUUGGUGGGAGGAUUCCCGAUGAGAUUGGGAGUUUGUCUGUGCUGAAUUUUCUAGAUCUUUCUAGAAACCACUUUUCAGGGAAAGUCCCACGUGGGUUGCAGAAUCUGAAGCUCAAUCAGCUCAAUUUGUCUUAUAAUCGUCUUUCUGGGGAACUUCCCCCUCUCUUGGCUAAGGAUAUGUACAGGUCUAGUUUCCUUGGAAAUCCUGGUUUGUGUGGGGAUUUGAAGGGUCUGUGUGAUGGCAGGAGUGAAGAAAAGAGUGUGGGUUAUGUUUGGUUGCUUCGGACCAUUUUCAUUGUUGCCACCUUGGUGUUACUUGUUGGUGUGGUUUGGUUUUACUUUAGGUAUAAGAAUUUUCAGGACGCGAAAAGGGCUAUCGACAAAUCGAAAUGGACGUUGAUGUCAUUUCAUAAACUGGGUUUUAGUGAAGAUGAGAUUUUGAAUUGCCUUGAUGAGGAUAAUGUGAUUGGAAGUGGGUCCUCGGGGAAAGUCUACAAGGUUGGACUUAGCAGUGGGGAGGCUGUUGCUGUAAAGAAGAUAUGGGGAGGGGUAAGGAAGGAAAUAGAGAGUGGGGAUGUUGAAAAGGGUAGGGUUCAGGACAAUGCUUUUGAUGCAGAGGUUGAAACUUUGGGCAAAAUCAGGCACAAGAACAUCGUGAAGCUUUGGUGUUGCUGCACCACCAGGGAUUGCAAGCUCUUGGUUUAUGAAUAUAUGCCAAAUGGUAGCCUUGGUGAUUUGCUGCAUAGCAGUAAAGGAGGGUUGUUAGAUUGGCCAACCAGAUACAAGAUAGCUGUUGAUGCUGCAGAAGGCCUCUCUUAUUUGCAUCAUGACUGUGUUCCCCCAAUUGUUCAUAGAGAUGUGAAAUCUAACAAUAUAUUAUUGGAUGGGGACUUUGGUGCAAGGGUGGCAGAUUUUGGAGUAGCUAAGGCAGUUGAAACCACACCGAAAGGAACUAAAUCCAUGUCCGUCAUUGCUGGGUCUUGUGGCUAUAUUGCACCAGAAUAUGCAUACACGCUAAGAGUGAAUGAGAAGAGUGACAUAUAUAGUUUUGGAGUUGUCAUUCUUGAGUUGGUUACCGGAAGACGCCCUGUAGACCCUGAAUUUGGGGAGAAAGACUUGGUUAAGUGGGUGUGUACUACCUUGGAUCAAAAAGGCGUGGACCAUGUAAUUGACUCGAGGCUUGAUUCUUGGUUCAAAGAAGAAAUUUGCAAGGUCUUUAACAUUGGUCUCAUGUGCACUAGUCCUCUUCCAAUUAACCGACCUUCAAUGAGAAGAGUGGUGAAGAUGUUGCAAGAGGUGGGCACAGAGAACCAAACGAAGUCUGCAAAGAAAGAUGGGAAGUUAUCUCCUUAUUACUAUGACGAUGCCUCAGAUCAUGGAAGUGUUGCUUAAUUGAAGUCCAAGCAAGGGUUGGUUUAUUUUAUCCCAAAGGGGGAGUUCGAAGCUUUUCUUUUACUGUAGGCCAACUUCCCUCCAUGUUUCAGAGCGCAUGCUGCGCUUCACAAAGUUGACUAAAGAAAAGAGAAUUAGAGAAUAGGAAUUUUAUUUUAUUAUAUUUUUUAUUUUGGUAGGAAAAUAGAGGCUUGAGGAGUUGAUAUUUUUACCCUAUAAACUAUAAUAUGUCCAUAUCAAGCGCUUCCCUACUAAAGUUAAAUUGCUGUUUGCAUUACAAACUUUUAGUCAUAAAUGAUAUUUCCUUCG